AUGGUUUCCAAAACAAGCAUUAUUCUGGCGUUAUGCCUUGUUUCGGUCUACUCCGCACCAUUUUUCAAGGAAGACGACGGAAGGAAGAUGCCGAGAAUGCCUGUUCAGGAUGAAUCCAAAAUUACUGACCAGCAAGAUACCAACAAUCAACCAUCCGAAAAUACUGGAACUUCCAACAAUCCAGGAUCUGGAGAUACUGGAACUUCCAACAGUCAAGGAUCUGGAAAUACUGGAAAUUCCGAAGAUCAACAAUCCGGAAGUACUGAAGCUUCCAACAAUCAAGGAUCUGAAAAUAAUGGAACUGCCGGAGGUCAACGAUCCGGAAAUACUGAAAAUUCCGGCAGUCAACAAUCCGGAAAUACUGGAAAUUCCACCAAUCAAGAAUCAUCUUCAACUUCUACUUCAGUUUCUUCAUCUACGGUCACAGCUGAAUAUGUACCACCAACAAUGCCCCAGGUCUUGGAGAAAUCUUGCUUCGACAAACUUACAACAACGAGUGACAAGGUAUCACAAUUGGCAGAACGGCUGAAGCAUGAGUCAGAGCAACUUGAUCCGAACCCAGUAAAGGACCAAGUAAUUAAAUGCAGUUUAAUUGGCUUUCCCUAUGAUCGAGACAUAUUGCCUGAGGUUAGAGAACAGUGCGGGGAUGCUGAAGCGAACAAACUAAGAGAUGAUCUCAACGCUUACUUUGAUAGGCACAGCUGCACUAAUGCUAUUCGUUUUACACGUUAA